GGCAGUAUGAGGAAGAAACACUUGCUCAUCAAAAGAAACUGCCCGAGAACUAACUACAAAUCCACGAAAAGUUAAACGAUGUGUGUGAGCUUCUAAAUCUGUGGGUCAAAUAUUGGCCUCAUUAUGGUUACCGGGGAGAAUAAGCAAAUCGUUGCUACCGAGAAUGUUUGUGUGGCAGAUGAACCAAAAUACCUAUGUAUUAUACGGGACAUGGUGGACACUCAGUCUCCUGGCCGGAAGUACACGAUCAACCUACCUGGCUCUGUCAGUGGAGCCCAGUUCAUCACAGAGGUGGCCAAGAUCAGUGGCUAUGUGGCAGACAGCAUCUCAGUGAAAUAUGAGAGGACUGGACCAUGUGGAGAAUUCCAGGAGAUUUCAAUGGAGGACCAUGUCAAGGAUCCAUUGCUGGUGGUGUGUACGGGAGCGAGCAGGCGACAAGACUUCACAAUCGGUGAAAGGGAGGGGGUCAUACCACAGAAAGCUGAGAUGGAGGGGGUGCAGGCAACGAGCUGUAGCACUGGCGGGUUUACUGCUUCAGUAUCUGACACCCAGACUUACACAACAUACAGUGCCUACAAUUCGGACUAUUCCAACAGUUACGCUUCAGCCUUUCUUAAAUCAGACACUGGUUAUGUGGGUCUGGUGAAUCAGGCGAUGACGUGUUACCUCAACAGCCUCCUUCAAACUCUCUUUAUGACUCCAGAGUUCAGAAAUGCGCUAUACAGAUGGGAGUUUGAUGGAAGUGAAGAAGAAAUGAUCAAAAGCAUACCUUAUCAGCUACAGCGACUCUUCUUACUGCUACAGACAAGUAAAAAAAAGGCUGUAGAAACAACAGAUGUGACAAAAAGCUUUGGUUGGGAUAGCAGUGAAGCCUGGCAGCAGCACGACGUACAGGAGCUGUGUCGCGUGAUGUUUGACGCUCUUGAGCUCAAGUGGAGGAAUACAGACCAGGCUAACCUCAUCAACCAUCUGUACCAGGGCAAGAUGAAGGACUACGUCAAGUGUUUGCAGUGUGGAACAGAAAGUGCUAGGAUUGAUGCAUACCUGGAUAUCCCCCUGGUGAUUCGACCAUUUGGCUCUAACCAGUCUUACGGCAGUGUGGAUGAAGCUCUGAAGGCUUUUGUGCAGCCUGAGACUUUGGAUGGAACCAACCAGUAUUUCUGUGAAAAGUGUAACAAGAAAUGUGAUGCUCAUAAGGGUUUGAAGUUUGAGUCCUUCCCUUACCUGCUGACUCUACAGCUGAAGAGGUUUGACUUUGACUACAGCACCAUGCACAGGAUCAAGUUAAAUGAUAGAAUGAGUUUCCCGGAGAUUCUAGACCUUAACAACUUCACAAAGGAUGACCCUGGUGGGUGUAGCCCUGUUAACCAGGAGGAAUUCAACGGCGAGACAGAGUUUGUGGGUGAGGGAAGACUAGAUGACCCAGAGGAGGAACUGAAGACGAUGUACCAUGGUGAAACAGACCCUGCCACGCUGAGCCAGGCCGCAGAGCACGUCCAGUCACACAGCCCGGUAAAGGACGCAGCUGAGGAGGGAACACCAGGCCUGGGCUACAGCAACGGACCACUGGAGAGCGGAGACGAAGGUAUUGAUGAAGGAAUAGAUGUGGGGAACUGUGCCUCCGGAACCUCCAGUAUCAGCGACUCCUCCUCACUUAACAGUGAAGCUGCUGCUAACGAUCGGAAUACCAAAGAAUCAGGCUCCAAGGGUCCAUAUGUGUAUGAGCUGUUUUCCAUCAUGAUUCACUCAGGCAAUGCUGCAGGAGGACAUUACUAUGCCUACAUUAAGUCAUUCAAGGAUGGUCAGUGGUAUGGGUUCAAUGAUCAGCAAGUGUCCAGGAUAACUUAUGAUGACAUCAGGAAGACAUAUGGAGGAGUAGGUGGGAUGAAGGGCUAUUACUCUGCGGCUUACGCCAGCUCUACAAACGCAUACAUGCUGAUGUACAGACAGAUAGAUAAACAAAAAAAUGCAGAUUUCAUGCAACCAGAGAACUUCCCUGAACAUCUGAAAAAUGAAAUGCAGAAACUGAAAGACAAGGAAGAGGCUGAAAAAAGACAAAGGGAAAUAGAUAGAUCAACAUGUAAGAUCAAGUUAUACUGCUGUCAUCCGUCCCUCCUGAGGAAAAUGGAUGUGAGGUUUGAGAUACACAAGGACAAGACUUUGAGGGAAGCCACAGAGAUGGCUCAUCAGAUGUUUGAGCUGGAUGGGAUUGUCCCCCUUGAUUGCUGUCGGCUGGUGAAGUAUGAUGACUAUCAUGAUUCGCUGGAGCGCUCCUUUGAUCAGGAGGAGGACACCACAAUGGGCGUGUUAUUGGGCGGAGUCAAGUCCAGCUACACCUUUGACCUGUUGCUGGAGACCAAGAGGCCAGACCAGGUGUUCCAGGAAUACAAGCCAGGAGGUGUGACAGUAAAGGUGUUUGUGGUUGACCUGGAGGGAGAGACAAUAGAACCUCCAGUCAGUGUGAGAGCUUCACAUAGCCAAACUGUGGCUGAGUUCAAACAUCUUAUCUCUCAGACAUUGGGAGUGAAUGAAGAGCACAUGAAAUGUGUAUUAGAGAGAUAUCAUAAUGACCUACGCCUCCUUACCAUGCCCACAAAAUCUCUCAAGUCAGAAGGCUUUUUCCGCAGUAACAAGGUGUACAUAGAGUGUUCAGGAACUGAGGACCCUAAGCUGGCAUAUCCACAGACCAAGCUGUACCGUCUACUGGACAGACACCAGAACACAAUACGUAUCAUAGUCAACUUACCUAAACAAGAAGAGGUAGAGGAGCUGAUUCGGAGCUCCAGAAAACAAACACACUAUUCUAGUAGUAAUAUGCAAAACAGUACGAACUCUGUGAUGAGCAAGUCUGUGUCAAGUCAAACUCGGCUGUGCAAUGACGAUGCGGAAAUAGACGAGGGAAUUGGCGACAGUGAAAUAGACUUCAAAGUGAAGACGAUAAGCAUCCACACGUGCAGUCACAGCGACCCGUGCGUAUACCGCAGCUGUGAGCUGAACGGUGAUGCGCUAGUGCACCACACAAAAGUCAGGACAGUCAGUCCAGUGAAUCUGAGCCUGAAUGGUGACAGCACCAGUACUAGUGUGGACUCUGCCUUUACGUCUGCCACUACGAUGCUGGUCAGACGGCAGUCAGGCUCCCUGUCCGAGCUAGGCCAGGGCGACCACGAUCUGCGCCAGCCCAUGGAGCAUGAUACCUGUGAUUUCCAGCAGUCUUACAGUCAGGACAAGGAGUUGUCUGCCCAUGGCAGCGUCGACGCAGUGACGAGCACGGCCUAUGAGCAUGGCACAGGGGAUGUAGUGCAGAGUGCGACGGAAGACUGGGACGCGGAAAUAGCUGCAGAGGAUCUGAGGCAGAACGCCCUGGAAGAGCCCAUGAACAUGGAUGAUGAGGAAUACCGGAAGUACUUCCUGGCCACACCCUUCAUCAACCCAGACACUGGAGAAAGGAGCCUUACAGUUUAUGUUGACAAGAGGAUUACUCUUGGGUCACUAAAAAACGAAUUGGAACCUUACGUAGGCACAACAGCUGAAAAUUUCAAGGUGUAUCGGGUGUAUUCUAACAAUCAGGAGUUUGAGAACACCCGUUUAUCAGAGAACCUCUCAUUUCUAGAUGAUGGCAAGCUUAAUAUAAAACUUGGUAGAGCACUGAAGCCUGGGGAAUACAGAGUGAAAGUGUAUCAGCUCCUGGUCAACGAGUCAGAGCCAAGUAAGUACUUGAUAGACACAAUAUUUGCCAAAGGAAUGACUGUGUUAGAAUCUAAGGAGAUGAUCCUGUAUGAGGUGAAGGAGCAGUGUGGACUGGACAUUCCCCUGGACAGGUGUCGAUUGAGGAAGAAGACGUGGAAAAAUCCCGGAACGAUCUACACAGACAGCCAAGUGUAUGAGGAUGACAUACCUAUAUAUGCUAACUGGGAAAUCUUCUUGGAAGUCCUGUCGGGCCCAGAAGAAAUGGUAUCCAUAAAGCAGCUAGCUUUGUAUGUCAAGCGAUGGAGACCCUCUAAGAUGGAGCUGGACCCAUUCCAGGAGAUCGUCCUCUCCCAGCAGACUGUACAGGAGCUGAAAAACAAGAUUUCUGAUAUCAGUGGGAUUGAACCAGAAAAUAUAGAAUUUGCCAAGGGGCGUGGCACAUUUCCAUGUGAGGUGUCUGUGUUAGAAAUCCACACUGACUUAGACUGGGACCCUCAGGCCACUACCCUGCCCGUGUACCCUCUUUACAUCUCUGAUGAUGGCAGUGUGAUAUUUUAUAGGGACAAGACGGAGGAAUUGGCUGAGCUGUCAGAAGAUAGGAAAAAGGAAAUUCAGCAGAAAGAGAAUGUUAGGUAAUUGUAUAGAAUGUGGCUCUAGAUGGAAACAUGGAGAUAGAAGAUAUUUUAUCAGGAGUUUUAACACUAUUUUGACACUUAACUGAACUAGUCACAAUUUCAGCAGUAAAGUAGAGCUAUG